UUCUGCACGAGGGAGUCAUGAUCACACUAACGGAGCUGAAAUGCUUAGCGGACGCGCAGUCAUCCUAUCACAUCCUGAAGCCGUGGUGGGACGUCUUCUGGUAUUACCUCACCCUCAUCAUGUUGUUGGUGGCCGUGCUGGCUGGAGCCCUGCAGCUCACGCAGAGCAGGGUUCUGUGCUGCCUUCCGUGCAAGGUGGAGUUCGACAAUCACUGCACCGUGCCUUGGGACCUUCUGAAAGCCAGCGAGAAUGCGUCCUCUCCCUCGGGCCUGCCCCUCCCGCUGCCCCUGCGCAUACAGAACGACCUCCACCGGCAGCAGUACUCCUACAUUGACGCUGUCUGCUACGAGAAGCAGCUGCACUGGUUCGCCAAGUUUUUCCCCUACCUGGUGCUUCUGCACACACUCAUCUUUGCGGCCUGCAGCAACUUCUGGCUCCACUACCCGAGCACCAGCUCCAGGCUGGAGCAUUUUGUGGCCAUCCUCCACAAGUGCUUCGACUCUCCCUGGACCACGCGCGCCCUGUCAGAGACGGUGGCCGAGCAGUCAGUGAGGCCCCUGAAACUCUCCAAGUCCAAAACCUUGCUCUCCACCUCAGGGGGCUCUGCCGACGUCGACGCCAGCAAACAGUCAUUACCCUACCCACAGCCAGGCUUGGAGUCUCCCGGCAUAGAGAGUCCGACUUCCAGUGUCCUGGACAAGAAGGAGGGCGAGCAAGCCAAAGCCAUCUUUGAAAAGGUGAAGAGGUUCCGCCUACACGUGGAGCAGAGGGACAUCAUUUACCGGGUGUACCUGAAGCAGAUCAUAGUCAAGGUCAUUCUGUUUGUGUUCAUCAUAACUUACGUCCCGUACUUUUUGAGCUACAUAACCCUUGAAAUCGACUGUUCGAUCGACGUGCAGGCAUUUACAGGCUAUAAGCGCUACCAGUGUGUCUACUCCCUGGCAGAAAUCUUCAAGGUCCUGGCUUCAUUUUACGUCAUCCUAGUGAUACUUUACGGCCUCACCUCCUCUUACAGCUUGUGGUGGAUGCUGAGGAGUUCCCUGAAGCAGUACUCCUUCGAGGCGCUCAGAGAGAAGAGCAACUACAGCGACAUCCCCGACGUCAGAAACGACUUCGCCUUCAUCCUCCACCUGGCCGACCAGUACGACCCGCUGUACUCCAAGCGCUUCUCCAUCUUCCUGUCAGAGGUCAGCGAGAACAAGCUGAAACAGAUCAACCUCAACAACGAGUGGACGGUGGAGAGACUGAAGAGCAAGCUGGUGAGGAACUCCCAGGACAAGACCGAGCUGCACCUCUUCAUGCUCAGUGGCCUUCCGGAUAACGUCUUCGAGCUGACGGAGAUGGAGGUGCUGAGGCUGGAACUCAUCCCUGAGGUCAAGCUGCCGGCCGCCGUCUCUCAGCUCGUCAAUCUCAGGGAGCUCCACGUGUGCCACUCGUCCCUGGUGGUCGACCAUCCCGCCCUGGCCUUCCUGAAGGAGAACUUAAAAACCCUCCGCCUCAAGUUUACGGACAUGGGGAAGAUCCCACGCUGGGUGUUCCACCUGAGGAACCUCAAGGAGCUGUACCUGUCGGGCUGCGUCCUCCCUGAGCAGCCGAGCGCCGCGCAGCCGGAGGGCUUUCAGGACCUGAAGGGCCUGCAGACCCUCUACUUGAAGAGCAACCUGUCGCGGAUCCCCCAGGUGGUGACGGACCUGCUGCCCUCCCUGCAGAAGUUGUCCCUUGACAACGAGGGAAGCAAGCUGGUCAUGCUGAACAACUUGAAAAAGAUGACCAAUCUGAAGAGCCUGGAGCUCCUCAGCUGCGACCUGGAGCGCAUCCCACACUCCAUCUUCAGCCUGCACAACCUGCGCGAGCUGGACCUGAGGGAGAACAAUCUGAAGACGGUGGAGGAGAUCAUCAGUUUCCAGCACCUCCCCAGCCUCUCCUGCCUCAAGCUCUGGCACAAUAACAUCGCCUACAUCCCCGGGCAGAUCGGAGCGCUGGCAAACCUCGAGCAGCUCUUCCUGGACCACAACAACAUCGAGAGCCUGCCCUUGCAGCUUUUCCUAUGCACCAAACUGCACUACCUGGAUCUAAGCUAUAACCACCUGACCUUCAUUCCAGAGGAAGUCCAGUACCUAACCAACCUGCAGUACUUUGCCGUCACCAACAACAACAUCGAGAUGCUCCCAGAUGGGCUGUUCCAGUGCAAGAGGCUUCAGUGUCUACUUCUGGGGAGAAAUAGCCUAACAGAUCUGUCCCCUCUGGUGGGCGAGCUAUCUAACCUCACUCACCUGGAGCUCAUUGGUAACUACCUGGAGACACUGCCUCCGGAGCUGGAAGGAUGUCAGGCCCUGAAGCGGAGCUGUCUGAUCGUCGAGGACAGCUUGCUCAGUACUCUGCCGCCACCGGUGACCGAGCGUUUGCAGACCUGCUUAGAUAAAUGUUAACCUAAGGAUCGGACUCUAAAGACCGGACAUGCCUAGGCUGGGAAGAUGAGGCAUGGCCGACGAGUAUGGCACACCAUAUAGCCAGAAAUCUUACCAAAUAACUCAAAUUUGGGUCUAAAUCAAGUGGGAAGAAGAAAGCAUGGCCACUGGAGUCUUGUGAGGGGCUGAUGUUCAGCUAGUCAGGUGUUGUAGAAAGUGCUGAAGGUGAGGUGAGAGCCCUGCAGCUGUGGAAACUUUACCGUCCAAGCUUUAUCUUCAGGACUCUGUUUUUCCUCUCUCUUUUAGCCCAUUAC